CGGCGGCGGCAGGGGUUCUCUCCCCUCGGGUACGUGUCUUGUCACCGCAGCGGCCCUCCUUUGUCUUCUUCUUCCCUUUGUCGUAGCGGCCACCGUGGCGCGGCACGUACCCGUGGAGCCGCGAGGCAGUGAACUUGGCGGAACAGCCUCGCCUACGUGACGCGCGUGGAUCCCAUGCUUCCUCCCCCCUCCCGCCGCCCCUUCCUUCUCCAGACACGCCCGCCCUGCUGAUAGUACAGUUGUACUAAAUAGCCCGUCGACAGACGGGUUACCGCCGCGGUGCGUGUCCCUGUUUUCGGGCAGGCUGUAUGUCUGACUGGGCGGGCGGGCGGGCGGCGACCUGGUGGAGGUGAAGUGGCCAUUUUUGCGGCGAGCGGCGGGACAGGCAGAUGGGUUCGACGACGCGGGGAGGAGGUCGGAUGGAGCGAGCAGAGUGGGCAACGUCGUCGUUGUUGUUGGUGUUGUUGCUGGCUCACAGUAAAGAGGAUGAUUUCACGAGUGAACGCAGGCCGUGCCAUGGCCCGAGGGCUGUCGGUCAUGGUAGCAGGCACGGUGAAGAUGGCGCGCAGGAUGCCAUCAACGACGAGUGGAAUAUGCUCAGAGAAGUUGCGAGACGUCUCUUUGACCAGGAGGUCGCGUCGUACGUAGCUACAUCUAUCUAUCUUGCCGGCCCGGCGAAACCACGCUGAUGCCCGGACCCCCCUUGAUACUCC